AUGUUGUUUUCUCGCUCUAAAUGGCCGUGGCGGCGGCGUUAUGGGAAGCAAGCCAUCGCGUCAUGGCUAUUUAUCCUCAUUACUUUAAUUGUUGCGCUUCGGUUCCUCGCGCUUCCGAAUCUGCAGCGUCUCCACCUCCAAAUAGGUGUUUCGUUAUUUGACGACGGAUUUUACGGGUUCUACCCAACUCGCAAAUAUGUCUCGUUUGAAUACGAGUCUCCGGCCGUCGAGCUGGCUACAUGGAGUCCCAGGUGCAGCAAUGAUUAUACCUUCAUGGCGCCACAUGGAAACGCCGUUGAGAACCCGGGUGCCAUGAUCCUCGAUUCUCUCGGCAACCUCGUAUGGAUGAUGAAGCCGGGAUCUGAUAAAAUCCAGGAUUUCCGCGUACAGGAGUACUUGGGUGAACAGUACCUGACGUACUGGCACGGAAAAGCAGACGGCGGGCACGGUCGUGGUGCUUGGUCCAUGCUAGAUUCGACUUACACGCACCGCUUUGAAGUGCAAGCGGUCGGUAAUCAUGAUGGUGAUAUGCAUGAUUUCCAGAUCACCGAGAAUGGCACCGCCAUGGUGAUUGUCUAUGACGUCCAACCAACCGACUUGAGCGCGCUAGGAGGCCCAGAGUACGGCUACUUCUCUGAAUGUCUCUUCCAGGAAAUCGACAUUGCGACAGGAGACCUUAUUUUCGAAUGGCGCAUGUCGGAGCAUGUCCCUCUCAACGCAUCAUACGAGCAACUGCAAGGCCGGGGCCUAGCCUUCAGCGACCCUUACGAUGUCUUCCACAUGAACAGCAUUGACAAAGAUAGCGCAGGCAACUAUCUUGUUUCCGCGCGUCACACACACUCUAUCACGAGCAUUGAUGGGAAGACUGGCGAGGUCCUGUGGACAUUAGGCGGGAAACUAAACGAUUUCGCCGACGCAUCGGAAGGACGGGCGACAAACUUCUGCUGGCAACAUGAUGCGCGAUGGCGCGGGGAGCACACACUGACCCUUUUCGACAACACCGCCGAGACGUUUAUGGACGGACCGACAGAGAGCCGGGGAAUGACCGUCGAACUUGAUACCGACAACUUAAUCGCAACUCUUCGAUCGGAAUACUACCACCCUGAAGGAAUCCGCGCGACAUCACAAGGCAACAUGCAAGUCCUAGCUGACUCGGGUAAUGUCUUGGUUGCUUGGGGCCACUGCGCUGCGUUCACCGAGUUUUCGAGCGACGGAGAGAUGCUAUGCGACACACAUUUUGCGCCCUCAAAUUGGUUCCAGCUUGGACAGGCCGUUUCAUACCGCAUCGCUAAGGGAAGCUGGGCCGGUCAACCAGACACGAGCCCGCAGGGCGUCGUGGCGGGCGGUUCAGUGUACGUGAACUGGAAUGGAGCAACAGAAGUCGCUUAUUGGAGACUUGAGCUAUGGGAUGGUGUGGACAUGAAGGAAAUGAAGUUCCGCCCGCAGAAUCUCGUUGAAAAGGAUGGUUUUGAGACGGAGAUCGAACUUCCGACCAACCUACCCCAUGUCUAUUUCCGUGUCGCUGCCUUGAAUGAUAAGCGCGAACUUCUCGGUGCUACUGAUACACUAGGACUCCAGUCGCAUGGAAGCUCGUCACCCGCCGUUUCUCUCUCUUCUGGUGUUGUUCUCUCGAUUUUCAUGAUUGCAUGCUGCGUGCUGCUGGGCGUCUACUGGAUAUGGAAGACAUGCACCUACCGGAAAUCUCAGAUGGCAUCAGAUUAUAAGCCUGUUCCACUCGGAGUCAGCGAGAUGAAUUUUGAGCACAAUGAAGAGGCUCAAUCAUUCUUACGAACACCUCUUACUCCUGGGAAACCUCCCACGUUACGGAGCCCGUCAUGA